AUGAUAGUUUGGAUUCAGUUAGCGGCGUUAAAGGUCCAUUUUUAUCACCGAGAAGUUCUGACUUCACUGGGGAAUCUCAUCGGGCGCACAAUUAAAUUGGACUUUCAUACGAUGAAUCGGCAGCGGAGGAAAUUUGCUCGCCUGGCGGUGGAGAUCGACAUGUCGAAACCUUUGGUUCCUCGGAUCUAUCUGGACGAUCAUUGGCAAAAAGUGGAAUAUGAGAACCUCCCUGUCGUGUGCUUCGAGUGCGGGAAGGUGGGUCACAAAGCCGACAACUGCCACAAAAUCCGACCGGCGGUCUCACCGAAUCAACCACCACUCGCCGGCGAUCACAGAGUGGCCACACCAGUGACCGUUGCAGAUGAGGUGAAUCCAGGAUUUGGGCCAUGGAUGCUUGUUUCCAAAAGAAGUCGGCGUAAUUCUGGGGAUCACAUCAAGAAAGGAAAGACGGAGCAAGGUUUAGGGGACGGGAUCAAAGGGUUGAGCAAUAAAAAUGGGAAAGGCGGGAUCAGAAUAAUGGAGAAAGGAAAAGAGGAUCUCGGGGCGGCGACCACGGCGACAAACCGGGAGGAUAGCCAACGACCUCUACCUCAGGAAAGGAAAGGGAGUAUCUAUCGGAAGGAGGCGUCGGCUGCCUCUUCCGCUGCCAAGGAGGCUCACAAGGGAAAAGAGGUCUUGGCAGAAAAAACGACUUGGGGCAAGGGGGUUUUGGGCUCAGGCCCAUCUCAAGAUACCAACAGGUUUAAUGGGGCUAGGCCCACUUCCGAAAUUAACUGCACCUCCAGCUUAGGACAUGCAAACAGGCCCGAUGCUUCGGUCUAUGGGACCAUCAACCACUCAAGCCCAUCUCCGCCCCUGGGCGGUCUCUCUUCAGUGGGCCAGACCUCUGGCUCCUCUGUCCCUCACUCAGUUGAAGCCAUAAUUGGGCCUAACGAGACCAGAAUGCAGGUGGUUGCGUUGCCUUCCUCUCCAAAGAGACUUCGACAGGCGGAAGGGAGUCCUCCAUCGGCGGCCGAGCGGACGAAGAGCAAAAAAGGGGGUCGGCGGCAGUCAAAGAAGGGAACCCCGGUGAAGCUUCAAGCGUCCAAGGCCCUGCAAGUCUAG